UUGCGUCGCCUAGCUCACGACUCGACUUGAAUGGAAGGAGCCUGCGCCCGCGGAGCGCAGCGGCGACUCGGGACAGCGCGUACGGCCGGCGGGGCGCGGCGCGCCGCGGGGGCGCAGCAGGCGAAGUCUGACUCAGCCCCUCCUGCAGGCACCAUGGCCCGGAGCAGGGCGCUGCUGUUCCUGUUGCUCUUGCCACCACAGCUGGGACCGGUGAGCACGGUCAGGUCUCCAGGGUUUGGCCAAACUGGUGCCCACAGCCUGAGCCCUGAAGAGAACGAAUUCAUGGAGGAGCCAGUGUUGGUCCUGAGCCCUGAGGAGCCAGGGCCUGGCCCUGCCCCCACCAACUGCCCCCGAGACUGUGCCUGCUCCCAAGAAGGUGUUGUGGACUGUGGUGGCAUCGACCUGCGCGAGUUCCCCGGGGACCUGCCAGAGCACACUAACCAUCUGUCUUUGCAGAACAACCAGCUGGAGAAGAUCUACCCCCAGGAGCUCUCCAGACUGCAGCGCCUGGAAACUCUGAACCUCCAGAACAACCGCCUGACUUCCCGAGGGCUCCCAGAGGAGGCGUUUGAGCAUCUGACCAACCUCAAUUACCUGUACUUGGCCAAUAACAAGCUGACUUUAGCACCCCGAUUCCUGCCAAACGCCCUGAUUAGCGUGGACUUUGCUGCCAACUAUCUCACCAAGAUCUACGGGCUCACCUUUGGCCAGAAGCCAAACUUGAGGUCCGUGUACCUGCACAACAACAAGCUGGCGGACGCCGGGCUGCCCGACCACAUGUUCAAUGGCUCCAGCAACGUCGAGAUCCUCAUUCUGUCCAGCAACUUCCUGCGCCACGUGCCCAAGCACCUGCCACCUGCCCUCUACAAACUGCACCUCAAGAACAACAAGCUGGAGAAGAUCCCACCAGGUGCCUUCAGUGAGCUGAGCAACCUGCGUGAACUGUACCUGCAGAACAAUUACCUGACUGACGAGGGUCUGGACAAUGAAACCUUCUGGAAGCUCUCCAGCCUGGAGUACCUCGAUCUGUCCAGCAACAACCUGUCGCGGGUGCCGGCGGGGCUGCCGCGCAGCCUCGUGCUCCUGCACCUGGAGAAGAACGCCAUCCGCAGUGUGGACGCAGACGUGCUGACGCCCAUCCGCAGCCUUGAGUACCUGCUGCUGCACAGCAACCAGCUGCGCGCGCGCGGCAUCCACCCGCGGGCCUUCCAGGGCCUGAAGCGGCUGCACACGGUGCACCUGUACAACAACGCUCUGGAGCGCGUGCCCAGCGGCCUGCCCCGGCGCGUGCGCACUCUCAUGAUCCUGCACAACCAGAUCACUGGCAUCGGCCGUGAAGACUUUGCCACUACCUACUUCCUGGAGGAGCUCAACCUCAGCUACAACCGCAUCACCAGCCCGCAGGUGCACCGGGACGCCUUCCGCAAGCUGCGCCUGCUGCGCUCCCUGGACCUGUCCGGUAACCGGCUGCACACCUUGCCACCAGGGCUGCCGCGCAAUGUGCAUGUGCUCAAGGUCAAGCGCAAUGAACUGGUGGCCCUGGCCCGCGGAGCGCUGGCCGGCAUGGCCCAGCUGCGUGAGCUCUAUCUCACUGGCAACCGGCUGCGCAGCCGCGCCCUGGGCCCCCGAGCCUGGGCUGACCUUGCCCACCUCCAGUUGCUGGACAUCGCUGGGAAUCAGCUCACGGAGAUCCCUGAGGGGCUCCCGGAGUCACUGGAGUACCUGUACCUGCAGAACAACAAGAUUAGCACAGUACCUGCCAACGCCUUCGACUCCACGCCCAACCUCAAAGGCAUCUUUCUCAGGUUUAACAAGCUGGCUGUGGGCUCCGUGGUGGAAAGUGCCUUCCGGAGGCUGAAGCAUCUGCAGGUCUUGGACAUAGAAGGCAACUUUGAGUUUGGUGACGUUUCCAAGGACCGGGGCCAGUUGGAGGAAGAGGAUGAGGAAGACGAGGAGGAUGAGGAGGAGGAGGAGGAAAGGCGAUAGUGACAGGGUGAACCGGAUUUGACAUAGCUGGCACUCCUGCCCUGGCCUCCCUGACUCUCCUACGUGUUCUGCAGGACAACGGACCGCCAGACCCCUUUCUGCAGCACAUGCCUGUGCCCUGUGAGCCCCACUCUGCCAUGCUCACAGACACACCCAAGGCCGCCCUCACCAGCCACCCCACACCCCACUGCCGCAACACAGGCUGGACACACAGUGUCCCAUCCCUCCUUGCUUCUGUAGCACCCCACCGCCACACACGUGCAGGCAACGUGACACACCCACACACUUCCGGCUGCACGGAGCGAGCCCGCCAUACAGUUGCACUCUCCGUCCCACGCCCUCCAUUGCCAUCAUGCCCUUGGACUCCUGUAGACUCAGGGAAGGGUCUGACCCUGCCCUGGCACUCAUGGGUGCCUGCUCCCCUUGCCUUGGACCUGCAUGUGCGCACCCACGUGGACACACGCACGCGCGCACACACACACACACACACACACACACACACACACACACACACACACGAGUCACAUGAAAACAGCCCUCUGUGGCCGACAUAUCUUGCCCCAGCCAGAACUGGCCAGAACAGCUUGCCACCAGCUCAUCCGCCUGUUCGUCCAUCCACUGGAGAAGACAGAGUUACCUUGGUGCCCUCUGUGGCCAGGUGUCCGCCACCCUCUGGAACUCACAGAAGCUGACUUUUGUUCCUUUUCCUCCCUUUGGGGACAGGAACCUUUGGGACUGCUGCCCUGUCCUGCCUGCCCUGACUCCCAGCUGCCCAGGCAGUCUCUCCCUGCCAGGCCCUGGCCGGCCACAGGCAUGUCUGUGAUGGGAAACCCCACGGAGGCCAGAGGGACGAUGUCCUGGGUUUCUGGGGCCGUGGACAGGAGUGAGGCGGAGGGGCAGUGCCAGGCAAGGAGGAAGGGCCCAGCUGCCCUGAUGACAUACCUUUUUUAUUCUUUGGGCCUGUGGGAUGUUUUGGGUGCCUUGGGUUUUUAAAUUCUUUUUUAAGAAAAAAUGAUAAAAAAAACAAAACUGAUUUUUCUUGUUAUAGAAAAACUAAUAUAAAAGCAUUACCCCUUUCUGGCAGCCUA